AUGGAAUGUCAGCAGGCCAGAGAGUUGGACCAUGAUCAGGAGCAGCAAGAGCAAGGGCAGAGUGGAUGGCAGCGGGUUUCAUUAACCUUGACCGCCCAAGAAAAAAACCUCAUUGCGCAGUUUCUUCUACAGCGAAGUAAGGCUGGAGUGCUGCCAAGAGGUUCAUUUACUGAGGCAGCCAAGAGAUUUGGCAUCCAUAAAAGGACAUCAUUAAGAAUUUGGAAGGUCAGCAAGCAGCAAAUGGACAGAGGGGAACCUGUUAUAAUGAGGAGCAGAGCAUCAGGUUAUCAACAUAAAGAUAAACUUAUGCUAGAUGAAGAAAAGUUUAGAAACCUGUCUAUGCUUGAGAGAUCAACCAUAAGGAAGGUUGCUUCUAAGAUGGAAGUAAGCAAGUCAACAAUUGGUAGAUUCAUUAAGAGUAGACAGUUAAAACCGCAUACAAGUGCUAUCAAGCCUACAUUGACUGAAGCCAACAAACUUGCAAGGAUGAAAUGGUGUCUUUCUCAUAUUCAGCUAACAUUAGAAGAAGGUAAACUUCUUUACCAUUCAAUGCACAACAUAGUUCAUAUUGAUGAGAAAUGGUUCUACAUGACAAAGACAUCAGACCGAUAUUACCUUUUGCCGGAUGAGGAUGUGCCGUAUAGGUCCUGCCACUGUUUGGUAGUGAUGGGGAAAACCAUAUUUGAUGGUAAAAUAGGCUUAUUCCCGUUCACAGAGGAAGUACCAGCCCAAAGAAGUUCUAAGAACAUGCCAAAGGGGACAAUUGAGACCAAGCCUAUUCAAUCCAUCAACAAGGAAGUCAUGACAGCCUGUCUUCUAAACCAGAUUAUACCAACAAUCAAGGCCAAAUGGCCAGCUAAUACAAGCAAGAAGAUUUUCAUCCAGCAAGAUAAUGCCAAACCUCACCUAAGACCUGCUGAUCAACAGUUUGAAUCACUUGCUAGUACUGAUGGUUUUGAAUUCCAUCUAAUUAGCCAACCACCCAACUCCCCAGACACAAAUGUGUUAGAUCUAGGGUAUUUUAGGGCAAUACAAUCACUUCAAGAUGACAAAAUUGCCACCAAUGUAGAUGACUUGCUGAGGAAUGUGUUUACCUCAUUUGAAGAACUCUCACCACAAACACUCAAUAGAGUAUUUAUCACACUACAAAGCUGUCUGACAGCAAUACUACAAGUGCAUGGGAAGAAUGACUACAACAUCCCUCACUUAAACAAGGACAAAUUGCAAAGAACAGGAGGGCUGCCCUUACAACUUCAAGUUGAAGAGGGUAUGGUAAGAGAGAGUUUGGAGUACCUAAAGCUGUCUGAAAACAACACUGGAGACACCUACGACAUAGGGCAUCUUAACCAUGUUUUAGGGUACUAG